GUUUGUAUAACAUAGAACAGGUGUGUUGAACACCUCAUCAGUUUGUAUAACAUAGAAUAGGUGUGUUGAACACCUCGUCAGUUUGUAUAACAUAGAACAGGUGUGUUGUACACCUUGUUUUCCUUCCGUUCAAGUAUUGUUUUACUUCAAUAUCUAUUAGAUAUCUUACCUUUAUACGCCCAAACUGAUUCCAUAUAAAAAAAGCCAGUUUAAUGACUAUAAUGUAUAUUGUUGAUAGACAGAUGUGUAUAUUGUUGAUAGACAGAUGUGUAUAUUGUUUUUAGAGCUGGACCGAUGAGUAUUUGACCUGGAAUCCCGAUGAUUAUGGCGGACUUAAACAAACCUACGUAACGGGCUAUCAUAUCUGGACGCCGAAACUGAUGGGUUCGAAUACGAUUGGGCCUCAUUUCCUGGACAAUCUUUUGAAUUACGUCUAUCAGGUUUCCUCAGAUGGGGCGAUGACUGUGUCGCCGUCUGGUGUCAUAUCUGCUGUAUGUCAGAUGGAUCCUAAAAACUUCCCCUACGAUUGUCAGUCUUGUACUCUGCAAAUGAACUACGGUGAAAUCUCAGAUAAUUACAUCAAGUUAGAAAUCUCUAGUUACCACGAUAAAACUUAUGUAACUCAUGAAAGUAAAAUAUGGAGUGUGCUAUCCACAUCCUUGAAAAUUCCGGAUAGUAAUGCUGAUACGGUUUUUUAUUUUGAAAUUGUAAUGCGACGGAAACCUAACUACUAUCUAGUCAUCAUAGUGUUUCCUUCGAUCCUUCUAUCUUGUGUAACUCUGGCUGUAUACUAUAUCCCGGUGGAGGAAGGGGAGAGAAUCGGAUGCGGGAUGACGAUUCUACUAGCAUUUACUGUAUUUCUAAGUGAGAUGGCAGCACAUCUACCGGGAAACUCAGAAACCAUGCCAAUCAUCGGGUUGUAUUUCAUGAUGAUAAUGGCCAGUUCCGCUUUGGUAAUCAUAGACGCUAUUAUCAUGGCGAACCGUACACCAGUAUGUCCUAUUAACGAUGACGAAGAAGAUGAAGGGAAAACAGCCGUAAAACACAGCGGGCUGAUAGGUGUGAGGAAGAAACUCUGCAGAUUAAAUGCGUGGUCCUGUUGUCAUUAUAUUCUGGGAGGAGUAUGCUUUCUGAUCAUUGCAGUUGCUCAUAUUCUACUGUUUGCAAAAAGUCUUUCAGUAAGUUGCGAUUCUGAAGAUUCUUGAUAUCACAGUGUCCCGGUGUAGACAUGAAGUUAUGUUACCUGUUCAUUAUGUGAGAGUAUGUAUCCCGUUGUAGACACGAUGUCAUGAUGUCAGAGUGUCUCGGUGUAGACAUGAGGUUAUGUUACCCGUUCAUGAUGUGAAAGUUUCCUGGUGUAGACACGAGGUUAUGUUACCCGUUCAUGAUGUAAAAGUUUCCCGGUGUACACACGAGGUUAUGUUACCCGUUCAUGAUGUGAAAGUUUCCCGGUGUACACACGAGGUUAUGUUACCCGUUCGUGAUGUGAAAGUUUCCCGGUGUACACACGAGGUUAUGUUACCCGUUCGUGAUGUGAAAGUUUCCCGGUGUAGACAUGAGGUUAUGUUACCCGUUCGUGAUGUGAGAGUGUCUCGGUGUACAUACGGGGUUAUGUUACCCGUACAUGAUGUGAAAGUUUCCCGGUGUAGACACGAGGUUAUGUUACCCGUACAUGAUGUGAAAGUUUCCCGGUGUAGACAAGAGGUUAUGUUACCCGUACAUGAUGUGAAAGUUUCCCGGUGUAGACAUGAUGUUAUGUUACCCGUACAUGAUGUGAAAGUUUCCCGGUGUAGACACGAUGUUAUGUUACCCGUACAUGAUGUGACAGUGUCCCGGCGUAGACAAGAGGUUAUGUUACUCGUUCAUGAUGUGAAAGUGUCUCUGUUUAUACACGAGGUGUGUGCUAUCCCAUUAUGAUUUAUUAUAGAUAUGAUUUAUCGAAGCCUAACCCAGUAUGUAAAAUCUGUUAUUUGAAAUUUACAGUCUUAAUGCCACAAGGUAUAUGUUCGAGAUCACAUAUAUACAGGGUAUUAAAUGGGACUUGAUUGGAAUGUAAGGAUGUAAUAUAGUCUGUUUGAGCUGUGUAAAUUAAAUGUAUGAUAUAACAUGUGAUCCAUUUGCAAUCUGAUAACACAUGCAAGUCGGGAUAUUUAACCCGAUAUUUCCCGUUGAAAAAACUUUGCUUAUAAGAUAGACUACUAAUUUUCUGUAUAUAACAGCUUGGCGUUGUAGACUGGCGAGUGCCAUGACGCACCGCUGUACAUCUCUUUCGGGGCGAAUUGACAUGAGCCAACUUACUGUGUCCUGUCGGCUCGUCACAUAUAUUCACAACAGUAUCACUAUGUCGGCGUGGGCGGCGGCGUCCGCACAAUGGUUUCCGUGCGAUAAAUUGAUUUCCCCAUGGGCCAGUCAAAGAAACUUCAUACAGUGCUUCCUACCGAAAGUGCUUGCUUGGGAUUGCUUUUCAUGUUCAAAGGUCAAGGUCACUGUUACUAUUUCUAUUUAUAGAAAAUUGGUUUCCAUGCAAUAACUCGAGUUCCCUUGUGCCAGUCAAAGUCUUUGUAUAAUGCUUCCUUAUCUAAAACUGGUUCCUUGGGAUUGCUUUUCAGGUUUAAAGGUCAAAGGUCAAUGUCACUCUUACUAUAAAUAGAAAAUUUGUUUCCAUGUGAUAACUCGAGUUUUCCUUAGCCAAUCAGGCUCCAACUUCAUACAGUGCUUCCUUAUCAAAAGCGCUUGCUUAGAUUGCUUUUCAUGUUCGAAGGUCAUAGGUCAUUGCUACAAUAAAUAGAAAAUAGGGUUGCUUGCUAUAACCUGAGAUCCCUUGGGCCAAUCAAAUGCAAUCUUGAUGCAUUGUUUUCUUACAGGAAGUGCUUGCAUGCGAUUAAUGCUUUCAGGUUCGAUGUGCAAAGGUCAAAGGUCGAUGUCACUGUUACUAUUAAGUUCGAAGGUCAAGGUCAAUGUAAAUAAAUAGAAAAUCUACCCAGUUCCCUUUGGGCCAAUCAACCUAAAACUUCAUAUAGUGCUUACUGGUUUUUGCAUGAAAACCACUUAAAUUUUGCAUGAAACUUCUUUUGAUUUGCGGAGAUUGAAACAUCUUCAUAUUUGUACAUUGAAUAGCUUACUUUUAGUUAUAGUGAUGGCAAUGCACUAGACUUAGUGAGAAAACCCUGUUUCUCUUAAUGUCACAUGUUAUUAGCAUGUUUCUGUCUGACAAAUACAACAUGAUAUAAAGAGUAAUGUACUGUAUCAUUCGUUCAUUCAUUCAUUGCAUGGGAAUCCAUCCGGCAAAUCAUACAAAUUACACUUGGAAUAAAUAUAAUGAAUAUCCAAGUGUUUUAUUUUUUUUUUAAAUUCAUCUCCUAGAUUGCUUCGCAGGCGACACAUGCUCUUCCGUGGAAUUCUUGUUUAUUGGAAGUACAAGUAUUGUAGAUAUACCAAUACGUGAAUCAAA